AUGCCGAGCGACAUUGAAAACAUCAAUCCGGAGGUGGUCGCAAGCCUGAGCGAACGCGAGCACUCGUUGGCCGAGGACGACGACUCGGUUGUGGAUCCCAUCGACCAGCGUGAGCACCCGCUGACCCUCGAGGAGAUCAAGGUCGCCCAGUUUGAGCACAUCCGCGUGGACGACAAGCGCAACUCGGUCGAGGUCCUCUUCACGCCGACCAUCCCGCACUGCUCCAUGGCCACGCUCAUCGGGCUCUGCAUUCGAGUCAGGCUCCUGCGCUCACUUCCAGACCGCUUCAAGGUUGAUGUUCGGAUACGCCCUGGAACCCAUGCCAGUGAGGCGGCAGGCAAGUGCAAAUACUCGUGGAGCGUAAACAAGCAACUCAACGACAAGGAACGAGUCGCCGCUGCACUGGAGAAUGACAACUUGCUGGUUGCCGUCAACCGUUGCCUGACGCCGCAACGCUAG